UUACCACAUUGCUCAUUAUGUACUCAUCUUUAUUACCUCUCUAAGGUGUGUGGGAUACAUUUUCCUGACGGACAACCUACAAGAGAAAACCCCUAUCCUGUGUUGUUCAUGGGUUAUGAAUGUCAUCUAGACCUCCCCCCAAAAGAAGAUGUCUUAAGCCAUUACACCAGAACUCAACUACUGAACCUGAAGCUAUGGAAACAGAUGUGGAUGUCGGGAAUUUGGAGAAUAUGCCUCUGCCGACGUGUGACGUCGGAACCCAGUGGCCAGAUCACAUAGAGCACAACUGCAGUUUUAACUGUGGUAACAAGCCGAUUAAGGACUGUGGGACUCCAGAUCCAACACCGUCAGUAUCGGCACAUAAUUUAAAUAACAAAGACUUUAUAUUUUAUACAGGUUUAAGUGCUGAGAGUUUCUGGCAACUUUUGCAAGUCCUGUCGACUUUUUUCUCACAACCACUUAAUACCAAAUUGGCCCUCCAUGAACAAUUUUUGCUUGUUUUAAUGAGACUCCGUUUGGGGCUAUUGUUUACUGACUUGGGUAAACAAUUUGGGUUCAGUAGAAGCACAGCAUUUGAAAUAUUUACAUUUUGGAGACCAAUCUUGCAAGAUUCAUGAGGGAAAAGGUGAUCGCUUGGUUGCCCAGGGAUACACUGAACAGAAUCAGGCCCAAGACAUCUAUCCUAAAGCCACAUGCAUCAUUGACUGUACGGAAGUCUUUGUACAAAGGCCAAAGAACUUAAGAAAAAGAUCACAAACUUAUAGCAAUUACAAACAUCAUAAUACAUACAAACUGCUAUACUGUAUAGCCCCCAAUGGCUGUCAUGUUUGUAUCAAAGCUUUUUGGUGGAAGGGCCAGCGAUCAUCUCAUCACAAAGGACAGUGUUUUUAUUCAUCGCCUGAUCCCUGGUGAUGAGAUUUUAGCAGAUCGCGGAUUCACCAUCAUGGAUAUAUUGCCUCCAGGAGUGAGUCUAGCUCUUCCUGCAUUCACACGUGGACGUAAGGAGCUGUCUGAACAUGAGGUGACAUCCACACGCCGCCUAGCUAAUGUCAGAAUUCACAUUGAGCGAGCAAUUCGAAGGCUGAAGGGUUUUAAGAUUCUGUGUAAAGUUAUGUCUGGUAGGUUGCAAAGUGUUGAUGAGAUUGUAAGUAUUUGUGCAGGGUUAUGUAAUUUGCAACCUCAGUUAAUCCGUAACAGUACUGAAUGAAGAAGAAACACCUGAAAUGGAUGUGUGUGUGUCUGUCUGUCUGUCUGUGAGUGUGUCAUGGGCUAAGUUGUCAUGGGAAAGUGUGAGUGUGUUAUGGUUAAUAUUGUAUAGAUUAUGUCCUUAGGCUAAAGAAGGUCACAGUAUACCAAAUAUUAAUUUGUAUUUCAACAGAAAAUCUAACAAGGCAACCAACAGUUUCAGACAGCAAUUGCAAAUAGUUAAAAUGUACAGGUUUAAACUGUAAACAAAUGUCAAACUCUUGAUAUGUGUUUUAAGUUGCCAUAACAAUGCAAUGUAGACAGUUAAAAUGUACAGUUGUAAACAGAACAAAUGUCGAACUCUUGAUCUGUGUAUUACAACUAAGUUGUCAUGGGAAAGCACAUUAAAGUGUCCACAUUCUCGGGAGACAUGACCGACUACUAUUGGUGGAAGGCUGAGUGGGAAGAACUGGAACAGCAGGGGAACCCACAGAGGACGGCUGGUGUUACAAGGUUCCACCUCCUAGCAAGUCUCAGCGACAGGGUGAAGAAAGACUUGGUUCUGUCCAGCUGUGCGUCGGCAAAUGAAAUGUUCAGGCGCCUCGACAACCGUUUUGGGAACAAGGCGAAAAUCGUUCUGAGGAUAUCGGAAGAGGUUCAGGGCCUACCCCCCGUAAAGGGAGAUAACCCUAGAAAAGCGAUUGAGCUGAUCCAAGCAGUGGAGCGGGCCCUUAGUAACCUUGUGAUCCUGGGAGAAGAGGAGGUCAUAAAGAACCGGUGGGUAGCACAGUCCCUUGAAAGCAAGCUACCAAGCUCUCUGAAGGAGAAAGGGAUUACGCACAAGACCAAGCCUGUGAACAGUUUUGCUCCACAUAAACACUUUGACUGCUUACUGCGUUUCCUGAAGAAGCAGGAGGCAAUCCUGGAAGAGCUGGAUCAGCUGGAGGCGAGCCCAAGAGAGGGAAGCUCCUCAGUGAAAGGCCCAGCAGAUAAGCCAGAAAGAGGAGUCAAGAAAGCGUUCUCCAAAGCUACCUCAGGCCAAAGAGAGUCGCCUCAGUCGAAGCCACGCUUGGGCCCGUGCACUGCCUGUGCUGAUGAGACACACACUGGCAGGCUGUUUGCUUGCAAGGUCUUCAGGGAAAUGGAUCUCCAGAAGAGAAAGGCCCAUCUGAAGACCCAUGGAAUAUGCAAUCGGUGCCUGUGCUUCCACCUGAAGGAUGGCCGUUGCAACCCAAAGUUCCUCUGCAGUAAAAUGGACUGCCGCAAAGAAAAGCCUCACCACUAUCUGCUCUGCCCCAAGUCCAUCGCUCAAGAGAAAGAUGCCUUGGGCUGA